AUGAACGAGGCGAGGCAGCAGGACGAAAUUGAGCUGCUUCGGCUGAUCUACGGCGACAUAUAUAAGGACUUGACUCCCAAGUCAAAAGUGUGGAACAAGAACCCGAGUCCACAUUUCCAGAUCCUUCUCCUGUCCCAUAUCAACCCCGAGAGACCUAUAGUGUCUUUGGUGCUAGAUAUCCAAUUUACGCCGACAUACCCCACACUGGCUCCUUUGGUGAAGGUGCUAGAGCCUAAGAAUUUGUUGAAGGCGAGGUUGGCGCUAAUUGAGAAUAAAGUGAAUGAGGUGAUCAAAGAAUACCAAGGAGAGGAGGUAUGUUUUACGAUGAUCAUGGACGUCAAAGAAAUGCUCGACGACUUCCAGCAGACUACGGAAGAAGUGCUCUCGUUGGAAGAGGAAAGGGCGAAGAGAAUUGAGCAGCAACGAAAGCAGUUGGAGAAGGUAGAACAAGAACAGCUUCAGAGAGAACAGCUGGCGCAACGGAAAAGAGAACAUGAGAUGACUCGCCAGCUUCAGAAACUACGAGGGGACUAUCCUGAAUCAAGAGAUAACACUAAUCGGUCAUUCUCUCAGUCAAGCAGAGGUGGUGAUGAUGAAGGCAUAGAAGAAAGCGAAAAAGAGUCAUUGGUACCACAGGGACCUAUUGACAACGUAUUCGUUUUUGAAAACACGAUCCAUGGAAUUUGUUCACAGACACGCUCGAAAUUUGAAUUCCGUGCUGUCCAGGGUUUUGUUCCGUAUAAAGCAAACAACUUGCUUCUGAGCAUCAGUACGCAGUUUGUUGUAACUCCUUACGUACCGCAGGCGGUGCUUCGACAAAUCCGUGGAGGUCGACUCGAUGUGUGUUACUUGCUUCAUGUCAUUGAGCUUCACGACGAGUACUGGCUGACGAAUGCAGGCAAAAACGAAAUCAGAGAGCUUGAGCGGCAACUAGAGCAAGCCAUGAACUUGAACAUCACAGAAGUUUUGAAUGUUCAUGGUUUUCAGAUUGAUCAGGAUGUCAACAACCUCUCGGAAUGGACCAUACGAAUUCUUACGGAGUUUCCACCCAGCAUGCAAACACUAGACGAAGUGCUUCAGAUGUCUGACGCUGUGAACUGGGCUCUAGCUCGUUCUUGGCUCAUACUGAUACUACCAACCCUAGAGUUGCUUCACGAAUUAUCUUUACCGCAUUGCCUUCUUUGUCCAUUAAGUGUUGUGCUUGCUCAAACGCACGAUACAGAAGACUCCACCCCGCGCAAAGUUUUGAAGCUCUGCCAUCCGAGGUACGGCUACACGGCAUUACAGAUGUACUAUAAAUCGUCUCUGUUCGUCAACAAGUUCAUUCCAAAGAAUUGGCUAGAUCCAGAUCCCUCAGCUGGUUUGAUUAAGUCUGACAUAUGGGACUUAGGAGUUCUUUUUUGCAGAGCGAUGCUAGGAUAUAAUAUUCUAUCGACGGAUUUUAAGACCCCAGAGCUGUUUCUCCGUGAUUUUGAUGUCGCUGUGUAUCAAGGUUACGAGGAAUACGCUGAACGAGUGCACGACAUGCUCAGUAAAAUGCUUCAGCCAAAGGCUUCGAAGAGGUUGAGCUUGAUGGAACUCAAUGCUGUAAAAUUCUUUAGAGCUGGCAUCGAUAUGAAUGCACAAGCUACGGUUUAUGGUGGACCAGAUGACGAAGAAGACUCGGAAAGCGACGAUGAUAGUGUUGAUCAUUCGAGGCAUCAUAGCGUAUUUUUUGACACAUCGAGAAGAAAUUUAGCACCUCCAGCGAAUAACACGCGUCGGCGCUAUUCCAACAACAAUCCAACCCUCAUGAUGCCGAAUCACGAGUCCGUGUCUCUGGUUAAUAAAGAUUCGAGGUACGUGUCAGAGUUUGAAGAGGUCGGUAAGCUUGGCAAAGGAGGUUUUGGCGAGGUUGUAAAAGCGAGAAAUAGAAUGGAGGGAACCUUCUAUGCGAUCAAGAAAAUAAGACACAGAGCAGACAAGCUUGAGGGGUUGUUGAGUGAGGUCCUUUCUUUAGCGAGACUCAAUCAUCAGUACAUCGUGCGUUACUACGGUUGCUGGGUUGAGGCAGAUCCAGAUCAGACUGUUUCUAUAGAUAGUGAUGACGACAGUCUUGAGAAAGACGCCGAGAGUGGCUCCCUCUUUGCAGGCGACCUUAAUGUGAGGUCAUCUUCCUUCUUGAGCCGUGAGAAUUCCUUCCAGGUGGAUUACUUCACGAACUCGCUUGAUCCUCUGUUGGAGUAUAACGAUGACGACUUUGAUGAUCGUAUUGUGUUUGCUAACAGCACAGACGAAAAUGAUGACACUUCAGAGAAUGAUAAUGAUAAUGCUGUUGCUGAUACAUCUGAUGAAGAAAGCGAUGACACCAUGGACGAAAAUCGAUUGCAAAAGACUCAGCCAAAGACUACAUUGAACCAAAAAUCCAUUCUUUAUAUUCAGAUGGAGUUUUGUGAAAAUAAUACUUUGAUGGAUAUCAUAGAUCGUGGGUUGCCAGGGAACCCAAGCGAAUAUUGGCGUUUGUUCCGGCAGAUCUUGGAGGCGGUAUCGUACAUUCACAGCUCUGGCUUCAUUCAUCGAGAUUUGAAACCCACCAACAUCUUUAUUGACAAAUCGAAUAACGUCAAGGUCGGUGAUUUUGGUCUUGCGAAAAACUCAAGAUAUUAUUCCCUCAUUCUGACAAACAACCAAGUUGCAACAGCUGAAAAGAAAGAUUUAUCAACCGUGGUAGGCACUUUUUUCUAUACAGCGAAUGAGGUGGCUUCUGGAGACUACAACGAGAAGGUUGACAUGUACUCAUUAGGUAUCAUCUUCUUCGAGAUGUGCUAUAAGCUCGGGACUGGUAUGGAGCGAGCCAUGACACUAAACAAUAUUCGCUUGGAGAGUGUUCAGUUCCCAGCUAAUUUUCUCGGACCAAAUCACUCGACAGAAAGGACUAUUGUUCGUCGUCUUCUCGACCACGAUCCUAAUAAGCGUCCAGGAGCCACCGAACUUCUUCAAAGUGGUUUGUUGCCAGUUGAGCAUCAAGAUGAAGUGAUCAAGGAAGCAUUAAAGUCAUUGGCAGAUCCUGCCUCUCCUUGGCAACAGCAGGUCAGAGAAAGUUUGUUUAAUCAACCUUACCUGUUAGCUCGCGAUAUGAUGUUCGACAAACUCGGCAAGAAUUCUCACGGUAGAACUCUAGACCAUUCAGAAAACGAUUAUUUGAUCUUUAAUGCUACAUUGGACGAGCUUUUCAGGAUUUUCGACAAUCAUGGUGCAAUUAGAGAUUUUGAUGGAACAUAUCUUUUACCCAAGCUGUCUUUUAAUAAGAUGGAUCAAGUGUAUGAGAUACUAGACCGAAGUGGGUCUGUUCUCACUUUAGCUUACGAUCUUGUCUUACCUAUGGCACGCUUCCUCAGUAAAAAUGAUCUCAGUAUCCCAAAAUUCAGCAGACAUGAGUUUGUUUACAGACCAAACUUGAGAGGAAUAGGUACUCCAGACAAAUAUAGCGCAGUUGGCUUUGAUGUGUUUUCGCAUGACAAGAGGUCAUUGGUAAAAGAUUCAGCGGAAUGUAUUAAGGUAGUGGAUGAGAUUCUUGAUACCUUUCCGUGCUUCAAGACAAAGAAUGCACAAACCGUUAUCUUGAUAAAUCACUCCACUAUUUUAAAUGCAUGUAUUGAUUACGCUUUUGGAGGAACUAUCAAACCAACGCUCAGCAAGCGUCAUGAAAUCAUGGGUGUAAUUUCUUCACUAAUGGUGGAGCGAGGACUGGAAGAGGUCAAAGCUCACUUGAGAACAGAGUUCAAGAUUCAGCACACUGUUAUUAAAGAUCUUAUUGACCACUUCGACUUCACUGAGGAGCCCGAGAUCGCAAAGAAGAAGUUGAGAAAGGUUUUCAUGGACUCACCUUUACUAACUAAAGUCGAGAAAGCAAUUCAAGAAAUCGGGGACAUCUUGACUAUACUCAGAAAAUUCGGCUUGAAAGCGUCAGUCUUACUCUGUCCGUUGAGUAAUUACAAUGCAAAGUAUUAUGAUGGAGGUAUCAUGUUUCAAGCGAUACACAGAAUUGACAAACUGAGAAAGUUUUCAAGAGUCGCCACUGGCGGUCGUUACGAUAGACUCAUCGACUCAAUGCUGAGUGAGGGCAUUGCUACCACGCGGACACCACAUGCUGUUGGAUUCCAAUUGACGUCCACAUUGUUAUUUUUGUUGAUGAAAAACUCGUUGAAGCGUACUAAAACAAACACCGCAAUGGGCAGAUCGAUGCUCAGAUGGAGAAAAGCUCGAUGCGAUGUACUUAUCACUUCCCCACAAGAGGCAAUCAUGAAGGAUUCAGGCUAUUCGCUUCUUCGAAUUUUGUGGUCCCACAAUAUAAGCUGUGACACGUUCGUGAGCUCUUUUCAGGACGACGUAUUACAAAAAGCUACCGAGGACGGAUGCAAUUGGAUAGUGGUCAUCAAACAAUCACACCAGAAUAAGAAGACGAAAAGAAGCCUGUUCAAGCCAAUUAGAGUGAAGAAUAUCACGGACAAGAAGGAUCAUGAUUUAGAUUUCGAUGAGGUGUUGGAGUUUUUGCAAAGCGAGAUUGACGAGAGACGAAGUGAAGCACAUUCCGCAGGGUCAGCAAGAUCUCAGGACGAAAGAGAGGACCAAAACUCGUCAAGAGUUGGCCAGCCCCUCUUCAGUGUCGACCUCUCCCAUAGGGUGACAAUUGUUCCUAACGAUGCCCCUCGUGGAAGGAAGAAUAAUAAGAGAGAAAAGUGGGAGGUUGAGAAUGAUGCCAAGGUGGCGGCUGCAUCUAUGAUGAAAGAUUUGGCUGAUGCUUCUGUCAUUUCUGUGGAUUUGAAUGAUUCCACUUUGGACAUGAUCCUGUCCACCUCGUUGCUGGUACCCUUAGAAGAAUGGUUCAAGAAGCUCUUCUUCACUAACAAAAACUUACCGAAAAAUUACGCCAGUAAUUUGUACGACAGUCUCUGGAAGGAGAGAUCCAAGGGAACUCAAUGGGCGAUCUUGUACAACAGCAAAAGCGACAAGACUACUAUUGUUGAUCUACAGCGCUGA